UUCCUCAAAAAAAAAAAAACUUUCAGUCACCAAUUUAUGAAGUAUAAGUCCAAUUUUGUCAAUGCAGCCAUAAUAGCAUGAGAGCACUUACACAAAAAACAAUAACAGUUUUGUUACAGUGACAUAGAAAUCGAAGAAUUCUUCAGAUUCAAACUUUUUCUUUAUCGUUAUAAUCGAUUUUGAUUUCGAAGCUUCAACAAUGGCCGACGCAUUCUUCUCCUUCUUCAUCCUCCUACCUCUUCUUCUCCUCCCCCUCCUCUACUUCCUCGUCCGCCCCCGCCCCAUCAAGAUCCCAAUCACCAACCGCCACGUCUUCAUUACCGGCGGCUCAAGCGGCAUCGGUCUUGCCCUCGCCCACCGCGCCGCCGCCGAUGGUGCACGUGUCUCCAUCAUGGCACGAUCCCUUCAAAAACUCGAAGAAGCUAAAAACUCUGUCAAAAACUCCACCGGUGUAGAAGUAGCGAUAUUCGCAGCGGAUGUGAGAGAUUAUGAUGCUGUGAAGAAAGCGGUUGAUGAAGCUGGACCCAUUGAUGUGUUGUUGUUGAAUCAUGGUGUGUUUUAUGCGUUGGAAUUGGAGAAAAUGGAAUUGAGUGAUGUGAAGUUUACGAUUGAUGUUAACUUGAUGGGUUGUUUGAAUAUGAUUAAAGCUGCUUUGCCGCAAAUGAAGAAUAGGAAAGAUACUUUACCUGCUUCUAUUGCUUUUGUUUCAUCACAAGCUGGUCAGGUGGGAAUUUAUGGCUAUGUAGCUUAUUCGGCUAGUAAAUUUGGCCUCCGUGGGUUAGCAGAGGCAUUGCAACAAGAGGUUAUUGGAGAUAAUAUUCAUGUCUCUCUGAUAUUUCCUCCAGACACGGAUACUCCUGGACUUGUAGAAGAAAAUAAGAGAAAACCAGAGCUCACCAAAAUCAUCGCAGCCUCUUCUGGUUUUAUGAAAGCCGAUGAAGUUGCUCAGAAAGCUUUUGAUGGCAUAAGACGUGGCAGUUUUAUCAUUUCUUGCAAUUUGGAGGGUAUUGCGUUAUCCCUAGCAACUUCAGGUUUAUCCCCUCAGAGGUCAUUCUUAAUGGCAUUUGUUGAGGUUAUUGCUGCUGGAAUAAUGCGUAUUGCAGCACUAUGUUUCCAGUGGAACUGGUAUGGAAGUAUAGAGAAGUGGCACAAGCAAAGGAAGUGUACACCUCAAAGCACUUGAUGCACUCUGAGCUCUAUGCUCUGUUAAAUGCAUAACAAAUGUGGUCUUCGUCCACUCGAUGAAAUUAAUUUAGCGAAGCUUAAAUCAUUGUUGACAAAUGAGAACUCCAUACACAUUUAGUUCUUAAACUUUGUGGUUUCUGAUUUUCAUCUCCAGGUACGGGAUAGAGAGUAUGUGGUUAUAUUUCGCUGACUAGUUUUCAUUUCUCAUUUCUCAGUCUUGUAAGUAAAUUAUUAUUAUUUGCAAUUUAGCAUCCUAAAUUUUGAAUUAGUCAUUUUACACUGUACUUUUAACUUACUGUAUCAAGUUGGCCUCAUGUGUUUUCUGUUAGUAAAAGGUGUAUGCUCUCUAAUUCUAUAAUGUGUAAUGCUGUUUUGCUUGCGUCGAUGGAUUCGUUAGUAGUUAUUAUAUGCUUAAAUCAUGUACUAUUUAUUUUAAGCAUGAAUGAAGACUUUCUAUUGUGUGUUAUUUUGUUCA